CAACAACAAAACCUAAACUCUAAACCCUGCUGCUGCUACAUGGAAGAAGUGGUGGUGGAUUUCGAGGACUACUUUCCUUCGAUGAUGGAGAGAUACGGGGAGGAAGGGUUGUUGAUGGAGCUGUACAAAGGGUUCAGGCUGCUGAUGGAUGGGGAAAGAGGGCUUAUAACGUUCGAGAGCUUGAGGAACAAGAGUGUGGCGUUGGGGUUGAGUGAUUUGAAAGACGAGGAGAUCGUUUGCAUGUUGAGUGAAGGGGAUUUGGAUGGGGAUGGGGCUUUGAACCACCUUGAGUUUUGCUUUCUCAUGAUUAGGCUGAGUCCCGCUUUAUUCUUGUAUGCUCCGUGACCGUGAUGAGAUUUA